AAAUCAUUAUCUGUCAUGUAACAGAGGCACCACCAUGUCACGGCUGGUUUUGAUGCUCCUACUGUUUUGGGAAUGUCCUACUGAAGCUUCGGUCCCACCUGUGAUUUCCUUCUCACCAAACUGGAACCCGGUUGUCUCUGAUGAUUCUGUAACUCUGACCUGUAACCUGGAUCCCAACCCUGAGGGGGAGAAGAGAUAUUCCUGGUACAGAGAUAAUAAGGAAUUAAGUCAUUAUGAGAAGAAUUAUACAAUUCAGGCUGCCCACAUACAAAACAGCGGGUAUUAUCAGUGCCAGGCUGGUACCAGUGAAAAAAGUGACGCAGUACGACUGGAUUUUCGUGUUGGCCCAGUCAUCCUACAGGCUCCGCCUUCUGUCCGUGAAGGACAUUCCCUGUCAUUUAGAUGUCACAGUCAUCUGAAUAAUGAUACUGGAGAUGCUCAAUAUUACCAGAAUGGCACCAUCAUGGAAUCCUCAGGCACUGGGUCUGUUUUACAGGCUGGAAAAGCUCAUAUGAAUAUGACUGGCACUUACAGAUGUGCUAAAGAGUUUGCUGAAAACUUGUUUCCAAUAUACAGUGACGAGGAACUUAUUUAUGUUGCAGGAGCUGGAAUCAAACCCGUGGUGACCAUUAAUCCAGAAUGGGGCAAAAUACUAUUAAAUGACUCUGUAACUCUAAGCUGUAUUGUGGCUUCUACCAAGUCAGAGAUUCAGAGAUAUGUCUGGUACAAAGAUGGAGACUGGAUACCUGGAGAACAGAAGAACUUUACACUGGAGAAUGCCCAAGAGAAAGACAUUGGGAAUUACCAGUGCCAGAUACCCGGCAGUGAAAGAAGUGACCCCGUCAAAAUAAAUAUUAAAAGUGUAGCCUCUGUCCGACCUGUGGUUUCCUUCUCACCUAACUGGGUCCCUCUGCUUUAUGAUGAUUCUGUAACUCUGACCUGUAACCUGAAUCCUGACCCUGAGGGGGAGAAGAGAUAUUCCUGGUACAGAGAUAAUAAGGAAUUAGGUUAUUACAAGAAGAGCUUUACAAUUCAGGCUGCCAGUCCAUAUGACAGAGGGUAUCAUCAGUGCCAGGCUGGUGCCAGUGAAAAAAGUGACGCAUUAUAUCUGGGUACUACGUAUGGUCCAGUCAUACUACAGACUCCGCCCUUGGUCAGUGAAGGAGAUUCCAUGUCUCUUAGAUGUCACAGUCAUCUCCAAAACGUGACUCGAUAUAAUAAAUUUUACCGGAAUGGCAACGUCAUGGAACCCCCAGGCACUGGUUCUAUUUUACAAGCUGGAAAAGCACUCAAGACUAUGACCGGCACUUACAAAUGUGCUAAAGGAUUAUCCGAAUACUUGUAUCCUAAAUACAGUAGAGAGAGUUUUCUUUAUGUCACAGGAGCUGGAAUUAAACCCGUGGUGUCCUUUGAUCCAAAAUGGGACAAAAUACUAUUAAAUGACUCUGUAACACUGAGCUGUAAUGUGGAGCCGACCAUAGAGGAGAGCCGGAGGUAUGUCUGGUACAAAGAUGGAGACUGGAUCCGUAAAGAAGAAAAGACAUUUAAACUGGAGAAUGCCGAAGAGAAAGACGGUGGGAAUUACCAGUGCCAGAUACCCGGCAGUGAAAGAAGUGAUCCUGUUAGAUUAGAUGUUAAAAGUGGAGAUUUCAUCCUGCAAGUGCCCCUUACAGUUCAUGAAGGAGACCUCCUUUUUCUGAGAUGUCACAGUUCCUCUAACUACUUAAAGUCCAAUUCCAGAAUUCGGAAAAAUAUAACACUUUACAAGGACAAUGAGCCCAUAAAGUAUUCCGUCACUGAAUCUCCAGUCAUGAUUGAGAGAGCAGAUAAAAACACAUCCGGCACAUACAAAUGUAUCAUUGCUGUGACUCAUCUUUCGGAUGAACAAGUUGUUUCUGUCACAGGAAUGAGCACAUGGUCCAGAGAUUCAGUUCAUCCAACCAAUAUGGAGUCCCCUCAGCUCAGCUGGAGGAUUCUGGGAAUUAUACCUGUGAGGUACAAACUUCAUCCGGCAGUGUGAGGAAGAGGAGUGACGUCUCACAUAUUUGUAUAAAGGGUAGAGACCAAAGAGUACAAAACUCAGUGAGACUGGUAUUGUCUGCAGUUAUAUUCAUCAUUCUGUUGGGUCUUCUCUUCUACCACAAAAAGACAAUGGAAGUCAUAUAUUCCCAGGUGACAGAGGAGAACAGACAGUGCAGCAGCAAAGAUGGGGAAUGUUCUAUUCAACUUCAACCUCCAAUACCUUUCCCCAGGGGGACACUUGAGUAAAAUCUGUUUUACUCAAGGUGAUCCGAAGUCAAGUGAUGGAUAAGGUAUUUUCAGGAGAUCUUUGGCCCACUGGGCGACCAAUCCACACGUCUGUCAACUCCCUUAGAUGUUUUCAAUGGGCAAAGAGGUCCAUAACCAUUGCUGUCCUCCUCUCAUACUCUUUGAGCCCUCCCUCUUUUCUAGGCUUUUCUCAGGGAAGUCCCUUUUCUCCAGCUCCCUCUGGUGGUGACUUGUAUUAAUUCCACUCUAAUAUUAGCAACAACCUUUCUGUCCCUGUUUUACAUAUUAUACAGAUAUAUAUCACCUUAGUUUGUCUUAUUACUUUGAUCUGCAUGUUUUUGGCAUGUACCUAAGGCUGACACAUGAUCAUGUUUGGUGGCCCAUAUGUCAUACAAUAUGACUGGGCCAGAAUUUAUAACAAUAUUCUGCACCUGUUAUUAACCAAAAGAUAAUGUAUAGUAGUCUGUAUUUACCAAGGUAGGGUUAUACUAUAUCUAGGAAUAACUACCAGAGAUACAGGGGGUGUUACUGCACCAGCCCCCUCCCCCCACUGGGGACCACAUCAUGCUGCACUCGUGCCCACGUCCUCAUCUUGCCAAAUUUGUAUUGUAUAAACUGUGUGUGACUAAAGGGAAAGUUGACAGUAAAAAAUAAAAUACGUGUCAGAAAAGGUUACAACAAAAUGGUGCCAAAUUUGUACUGUGAAACUUGAGAGGGUGGGAGUCAGGGCUGUUUGAUUACGCUCUCAACUUGCAGAAGCGCCGAGCGUGUUUACGCCCGCCAUUUGGAGAAGCGUCGCUCGUGAUUUUUUUAAAAAAGUUCCAAGGGACGCCGAGGAAACCUAAGUGCCAAACGGACUAUACAAGGACAUUUCAAUGCGCUGUACCAGAGUGUGUUUGUGAGUGUGUUUUUACUAUUUUUAUUAAAAUGUUUUAAAAGCG